GCUGGUGUCUCGGCUCCUCGGGUCUCCGCUCUGGGUCCGCGGAUCUGCGCGUCUUUCUCUUUCCCAGGGGUUCGUGUCUCUCUGGGAGCAAGUUUUGUCGGGAGGUAAAGUUCAAUGCAGAGCUGUGGUGGAAGAUGCCUUAUGAUGAAAUUGAAGCCAGAUCCUUGGAUCGUGGUGAAGAACUAGCACAUGAACCAUGCUGUAAAAAAUUGAAGUCAACUGAAGAAGCUUAUGUUUUUCCCCAUCAUCGAGGUGCUAAUUUCCACAGAAUCCAAGAGAAAACUGGAAAUGACUGGGUCCCUGUGACCACCCUUGGUGUCAGAGGACAGAGGUAUCCUCAGGAGGACAAAACCAAAACUACAGAUUUGCUGAAACCCAUGCAUAAUGAGAUGCCUGGUAAUAGACCAGAUGCUAUUAAAUCCAUUGAUUCACAAGUUUUACAGGGUGCACGUCCUCCAUUGGUAUCCACCGAUGAUGAGAUAUAUAGCACAAGUAAAGCAUUUAUAGGACCCAUUUAUAAACCCCCUGAGAAAAAGAAAUGUGAACGUAGGAGUCAGGUAAAGACUGCCAAUGGUAUAGAUGGCAAAGGAGGACAAGAAAAGAAACAGAAAUUAAACUCCAAAAAAUUAGAGCUUGACAAUGAAUUAUCCCAGUUUUACAAAGAAAUCGAAGAGCUUGAAAAUGAAAAAGAUGAUUUGGAAGGCAGCUGUAGGGAACCCAAGCCCUUUGAGGAACAACUUACUACAUACUAUCAAGGCCAUAAUAAUGAUCCGUUAAGAUCUGAAGAAGAAAACAGAGAUCUUAGUAAUGUUCUUCAGUCACAUUGUCAUUAUCAGCAGUAUGAAGGGAAUGAGCUAGGCAAAUAUUCUUGUAAUGGACAAGUACUACCUACAUUUUAUGAUGAUUCAUUUACUUCCUUCAGGCCUGAAUGGCAGUCAGUGCAUUCUUUUAUAGUGCCCCAAGGUCCUCCUCUUCCAAGUUUUAACUAUCUUUUAAAUACUCAAAGAUUCAAUGUUCCACCAACUACAUCAUUAAAUAUUUGCCAUGCCCAAGAUGGCUCUCUGAUACGAAAUGGAUUUUUUGCAGAUAGUUGUCAUGUUAACUGGAAUUGUCUGACUUUUGAUCAGCACAAUGAAUAUAUUGUCUGUGGUGAGAAUACCAGUAGCGAUCAUUCCUUAAGAAAUGGCUACGGAGUGCAAGGUGGAUAUGCCAGUAAUGGUUUCUGUGAAACCAGAGAAGGAUGCUGGGAAGAUCCUUCUAUGUACAAGCAUAAUGUAACAGACAGAUCUAUGAACCAGCAAUUUCAAGAAGAAAAUUUCAAUAAAUUGCAGAAGUUACUUAUUCUUUUAAGAGGCUUGCCUGGUUCUGGGAAAACAACGUUGUCUCGAAUUCUGCUUGGUCAGAGUCGUGAUGGCAUUGUGUUCAGCACUGAUGACUAUUUUCACCAUCAAGAUGGGUACAGGUAUAAUGUUGAUCAACUUGGUGAUGCCCAUGACUGGAAUCAGAGCAGAGCAAAACAAGCUAUCAAUCAGGGGAGAUCUCCAGUAAUAAUAGACAACACUAAUACACAAGCUUGGGAAAUGAAACCGUAUGUGGAAAUGGCCAUAGGAAAAGGAUACAGAGUAGAGUUUCAUGAACCUGAAACUUGGUGGAAAUUUGAUCCUGAAGAAUUAGAAAAGAGGAAUAAACAUGGUGUGUCUCGAAAGAAGAUUGCUCAGAUGUUGGAUCGUUACGAAUAUCAAAUGUCCAUCUCUGUUGUAAUGAAUUCAGUGGAACCACCACACAAAAGCACACAAAGAUCUCCUCCUCCACAGGGGACACAGAGUUUUUUCCUGUACAUGUUUUCUUUUUCUUCUGUCCAUUUUCUGCUCACCUAUCCUCGUGUAACUUCAUAAUAUUUUUAAUGAAGAUGAUGAGAUGGUAAGUGACUGACAAAAUGGAGGUAAACUUUUUACCAUUCCGUGUGCCACUGAGCUCAUUGUUCCUAUAAGCCUUAUUUAACCAUGUUAAGUUUUAUAGACCAUGGCUUUGCAGUUGGUUUCCUGACUUGUUGUUUAGGUAGAACUUUGAUAUGAAGUUACUUGGAAAGAUUUUUGAAGAUCUGUCAAUAUGUUACUCAUUGGUUCGAGUCCCAUGGCGUAAACAUGGCGUAAUACUUGCAUGUAUGGAUUUGAGGGAAAAAAUUGUUUUGCAGUACUUAGGCAUCAUGAUGAUAGACUAGUUGAUAAGUAGCAAUUGGGUAUUCACUUUUAUGGAAUUUACUAUUAGGUCAUGAUUCUCCAAUCUGCCUAUAUUAAAGAACUGAAUGAUUUUAAAGGAGAGCUGAUAGCUAUUUUGAAUUAAACUUCUACAAGUGAUUCUUCAUAUUCUGCAAUGCUGCUACAAUGAGCAAUGAGUUUCAUAGGGACAAGCCUUAAUUUAAUGUUCAUUUAAGUAGCUGCCAUUUAUGGCAGUCAGUGCCAGGCCCUAUUCUAGAUGGGAUUGUUACAGUCUCUAAUUCACAGCCAUUCUACAAGGGUUUUAUAAAGAGGAACAGACAUUAAGCAACAUAUACGACAUAAUUUCUCUAGGGAGAUAGGUAACUGGGAUUCAAAUCUAGGUCAGACAUGAUUUCUCACUAUAUCCAUUUUAUCUUUUGAACCACAGAGUUACUAAUCUAAAAAAUUAUUUAGUUUUUUUUCAAGGUAGGAAAGAAAGGGAAGAGUUAAGUGUAUCUUUAUAGUACUUCUGAAUUUGUAGGGUGAGAAAGUAUGUUGAUUUAUCAACGAAGUUCCUUUGAAUGAAAAAAAUCUGUUAAGUAGCCAUUUAUUUAGAAUGCUGUUUUUGAAAGUCAAGAUUGAGAGUUAGAUAUACCAUUUAAUGUUGGUUUUCUACAAAAUAUAAAUUGAUAUAAUGAAUAGUCAUGUUUCAGCAACAUCUUUUCAGUUGCAUUUUUACAUUUGCUCUUGUGCUUUAAUGUUUAAAAUUUAUUUUAAUAUUUUCUGGUUUUGCUUAGCAUUUGAGUAGUAUUCAAUAAAUGGAUUGUUAAAUUACAUAAGCUGCUUCUGUUUUGCUGAUUAAUUUUGAGGCAGUAUUUCCUAAAACGAUCAACAAUUUGUAAGGGGUCUUGAUUUAUUUUCCUCCUAAGAUCCACCUAAGAGGAAAGUGGUGGCAGUAGAUGUGAUGGGAAGACAUACGUUUUCUGAUUUUCUCAAGAAUUGUUUCUUUCCUUUCUAAUUAGCAUCCUGUGUCUUUUAUGUUGUUCAAUUUUUCAAAAUUAAAGGACAAUAAAAAAGCUAGUUGCUUAAGUUUACUAUGUAAAUAAUAUAUUGAAUUAAUUAACUAGAUUUUACAAGGAAAACAACUUAAAGAACAGAAAGAAGAACUUUUACUGUUAUUUGCCUUACUUUGUUUUAGUUAGCUUAAAAAUAGAAGAACUGGAUCUUGUUUGGUUUUUCUUAAUUCUUUAAGAGUAGUUUGUAGUUUUUUUGUUUGUUUCUAAAUGUGAAAUCACAGGUGGAAUUUUAGUUAGACUGGAGAAGCCUAAACGAAAGAAGUAACAACGGUUUCAUGAAUAGUUUAAGAUGGUUUUUGGUCCAGGAAACUGGAAAGCAGUACUUGAUGGAUUGAGAUUACUGGAAUAUAAUACAAUGUAACAUGGGCAAAGAUGUGGUUAAAACGUUUUGUCUCAAAUGUAAGUCAGUUGAAGUAUUUACAGGAAAUGUAAUAGAAGGCCUGGGCUAGACAUUUUGAUUAGUUAAAUAGGAAAAAAAUUUUUUCAGUUCUGGGGAAAAAUUGUAAUAGCUAUAGGAAUAGUGGUCAAAAGUGGUAUUUCUCCUCCCCAGCUUCCCUGUGCUGUUCAAAGACUUUAGAGUCCAGGGUGUUGUGUUAAGAAAUACUGUUUUGUACCCGUGCGUGCCACGAAAGCAGGGUCUUCUUUGUCUGCCUCAGUCACAACUCUGUCUUUGGAGCUUUGUCCUUUAAUAAGAAUCAAUAAAUAUUUGUUGAGUAUUAGACCUAAUCUUCUCCCUAAAAUGAUCAAAAACCUUUUGAUGUUAAGGACACAUUGCUCUAAGCACAGCAAUUUUACAGGGCAGUUUGUAAUUUAGGAAACAUGGAGGUGGGGUGUGAAUUAGUUGUGUUUAAUACUUGCUAGUGGAGAAUGUCCAAACCAGCAGAGAAGGAGGCUCACCCAUUCAGCUUGGUGUGUCUAACACCAUUGGGGUCUUUGUUCCAGAUUUUGAACCUCACUAGUAGUGUUUAGAUUUUUGAUUUAUGAUCAAGAAAUUAUAUUCCGGAAUACAGAAAAUUAGAAAACAGAAUACAGAUACCUUGAGGCUUUUGAUUAUUUCUUUUUGAUCACUUAGAGAUUAUUCUCUUGUUUCCUGUUGCUACACUUGGUGGAACAAUCCCCAGGUUGAGAAAAGUACUUCAGGUAUUUAUCCUAAUCUUGAAGUGAUUCAACAAGAAGUUCUUAAUUGUUUUUCAAAACCUGUUUUCCAAAGAACUGUUAUCUUCAGGGUAACUUUUUAAAAAGUCAAAUGCUUGGAUCUCUUUUUAGUUUGAACAUGUCUUUAUUUAGCAAUAAAGAGUAGCUGGUAUUGAUGCAUUAUCUUCAUAUAAUUUAUACUUUACUUGAAAAAUAAUAUGUAUUGACUAAUCUCAAUUUAACUUUUCUUUAAUUAGUUUUUCAUACCACUUAGAACACUUUUCAAAAUGUCCAUAGCAUGAUUUUAGUGGAAAGAACACGUGAGAGUCCAGCGAUCUGGAUUCUACCCCCAUUUGUAUCCAUCCUCUCCUCUCCCUUCCAUUUCAGCAGUGUAGCCUCCUCUGAUCCAAGGUUAAUGCCUUCACCUGUACUCUGGGUUGCAUCUCGUACCAUCCCAGAAAUCUUUCUUUGUUGUCAGUUAUUCCUUCUCUCUGUAACUUCAGUCUUGCCUCUAUCCUUAAGUCUAUCCACAUUUAAACACGAUCAAGUCUCUUAUCUCUAAAAGUCCCUUUUUUUGACACAGCUUAUUUACAGCCAAACUUCUCUAAAGAACUGUGUACCACAUUGCCUUUUUUCUCUCAACUCUCACUGUAUUAUUCAACCCAUUCCACUCUAGCUUCUGCCCCUAAUAUUCUAAACAGACUUUGAGGACUCCAGAAUGUUCCUCUGUAUUAAUGAGCAUUUUUCAGUUCUUAUCUUACAUGAUUAAAAAAACAUUGGACUCUUGAUCACUUUUUUCCUUAAAAUACUUUUCCUUGACGUCAUGGUGUUGUUUGUUUCUCUGUUUCAUUUGCUGCUUUGUUUUCCUCUUGGUCUUUGCUUUUUAGAAUUCCUAAGUUUCAGCUCUAGAUAGAUCAUCUUCUAACUAUUAGUUUUCCCCAUUAGAGUUCAUCAUUUCUCACUUGAACAUGGUCAUCACCUCACUCUUAUCUUUACCACUCUUAAUUAUAUCUACCGAGCAACUAGAGUAAUUAAAAUUUUUAAAAAUCACUGUGAAUUACGUAAUUCCUCACUUAAAGCCUGCAUAAUUUGGUCCUUGGGUUCUCAGUCUUGUCUCACUCUACCCCUCAUUUGCUCUAGUCCGUCUGGAUUGGCCUUUCCGCCUGCUUCAGACAUGCUGGCCUUGAUCUUGCUUUACACUCUAGCUCUUCUCUUCCUGGAGUGCUGUUCUCUUCCAUUCCUCCUCUGCCUGAGAUUUUCUCAAUAUUCAGGUCUUGCCACCAAACGUCACCCCUGUAGGGAGGCCUUCCCUGCCUGUUCCGAUCUAAAGUGACCCUACCCUGUCACUCUUACGUCGUCCUGUUGCGUUUUCAUCAAAGGACUUAGUAGUUGAAGUUACCUUAUUUAAUACAGAUUUGUUGGGUGGGGGGGGGCAGUCUUCCUGACUGAGAGUACAAGUUCUCAGAACUUAGUGUUCAUAGCUACAGCCACAGAGUCUACACCACUGCCUGUAAUACUGUCGGUGCUCAUUAAAUACUGGCUGAAGUAUUUUAUAUCCGCUGCUUCUCUUAGUAACAGUACUGACCCCCAAUUGUAUUUUCUUAGGCUUGACCUCUGCGUUCCCACCUGCAUCCUUAACUGCCUACCUGACAUUUCUAAUUUUUUUAAGCCUGAAAAAUUGAGCCUGUGAUCUUCUGUCCCAUCUCUGGAUCUCCAGGAUUUCCCUGCACAGUGAAUGAAUCUACCAUCCAACUAUUUCUGCAAGCCAGAAACUUGGGGGUCUCCUGGGGUGCCUCUUUUCCCCCUUCAUAGUCAGUCUAUCAACUGCAGUCUCUCCAUUUUUGACUGCCAUCUUUCUAGUUUGAAUUAUCACCUCUUAAUUGAGACCGGGUUCCCCACAUCAACACUUGCUCUGUUCUAACCCUUUCUCUCCUCAAUCUAACCAGAUGGAAGAAUAAUUUACAUUAAGGAAAGUGCUUACAUUGUAAGUGUGUAGUUGGACAUAUUUUCACAAAAGGAACAUAUGUAACCAGAACCCUGCUCAAGAAACAAAAUAUUACCAGCACCUUAGGAGCCCUUAAGUGCCCCCUCCUUGCCAGAGAGAUCUUUGUAAAAUGAAAAUAUGAUUAUGUGUGACCUUUCAGAUGCUUCCUCUUAAUGUUAGAAUAAAGACAAAAACCAUACUAUGAUUUUUAAGACCCUGGCUGAUG